CACACACAGGCUUCACUUUCCCAACUUCUGUUGUCAGGUGUAACAGGUCUCCCUGGAACCAUGGCCAGGAACAUGACUCUGCUUUGGGGCUCCGGCUCUCCUCCCUGCUGGAGGGUCAUGAUCGCCUUGGAGGAGAAGAAGCUGCAGGGCUACAACAGCAGACUGUUAUCCUUUGAUAAAGAGGAGCACAAGUCCCAGGAGGUGUUUAAUAUCAAUCCCAGGGGUCAGGUGCCGUCUUUUAAACACGGAGACAUUAUUGUCAAUGAAUCUUAUGCAGCCUGCUUUUACCUGGAGAGCCAGUUUAAGUCUCAAGGAACAAAACUGAUCCCAGACAGCAAAGAAGAACAGGCGUUGAUGUACCAACGCAUGUUUGAGGGCCUCACUUUCUAUGAUAAACUAACUGCAGUGAUUUUCUAUGAAUACUUCGUCCCUGAAGGCGAGAGGCUCGACUCAGCUCUGAAGAGACAUAAAGAUGCCCUGACCAUGGAGCUCAAACUCUGGGAGGGCUACCUGUUCAACAUGGGUUCUGGCUCUAAUCUGGCAGGGAAGUCGUUUACGCUGGCUGAUGUGGUUGUUUUUCCAACUAUAGGGACUCUUUUUAGAUUUGGGUUGUCUGAAAAGCGUUACCCUAAACUGGGCGAGUACUAUGCUCUGCUGAGAGAGAGGCCGAGUAUCAAGGCCAGUUGGCCUCCUCACUGGCUGGAGAACACAAAGGGACAAGACACCCUGAAGGAUGUCUGAAAAAUAGAAACUUGAGUCAUGUUGUGGUUGCAUUUUUUUGGCUUCUCAUCCUUGAUGAUCUCAAUUUUUUAUCUCUAUGAGCUUGUGAAGUACAUCUCAAACAUGAUUAGAUGUUUCUCCUAAUAAAAUC